AAGGGGACGGAGCUCGGAUCGGGUUCCCUCUUUUUCUCCGGCCGGCGACCUGCAGUCUGGGUAGUUGCGGUGUGGCAGCCUGCUCGCAGGGUUGCCAGCUUGCAAUGCUAUUGACAGCGGUCGUCGCGUGGUCUCUGCUCUUCCCCGAUCGCUGCUGAUCGGAGUUCUCGGCCUUCCGCGCUGCUGUCCUUGCAAGAGGCUGGCAGGAAUUAAAGUAGCUUUUUCAUCUUUGAAUAACCGGAAUGGGCCUGAUUGUGCCAUAAGUCCCAUAUUUCCCAACCAGUCGGGUCAAGACGUGCUAACUAAAUGGAAAUGGCGUCUCCAAAAUCCUUACUGAAUAUUCUGACCUUCACUUUUGGAUCUGCAAUUGGUUUUUUCCUCUGUUACUUACUGUUUAAUUUAAGAUUAGACGAACAAAUCAAGGUUGAGCCUCACAUUCUUCAUAAUGAUCCUCAUGGCCAUCAUUCAGAUAAUGAUGAAAACAAUAACCUGAAAGGACAAAUGAAUUUCAAUGCUGAUACUGGGCAACAUAAAGGCAAGGAUCAGUUCAGUGUUAGGGAUAGAUUAGACGAACAAAUCAAGGUUGAGCCUCACAUUCUUCAUAAUGAUCCUCAUGGCCAUCAUUCAGAUAAUGAUGAAAACAAUAACCUGAAAGGACAAAUGAAUUUCAAUGCUGAUACUGGGCAACAUAAAGGUCCCCAAAAUCUGGAAACAAAAGCCAAACAUGUCAAAGCUACUUGGGCCCAGCAUUGCAACAAAAUCCUAUUUAUGAGCUCUGAGGAAAACAAGAACUUUCCAACAGUGGGAUUAGAAACCAAAGAAGGCAGGGACCAUUUAUACUGGAAAACUAUUAAAGCUUUCCAGUAUGUACAUGAACAUUAUCUUGAUGAAGCAGAUUGGUUCAUGAAGGCAGAUGAUGACACCUAUGUUGCACUGGACAAUUUGAGAUGGCUCCUUUCAAAAUACAAUCCUGAAAAGCCCAUUUAUUUUGGGCGAAGAUUUAAGCCCUUCGUAAAACAGGGUUAUAUGAGUGGUGGGGCAGGAUAUGUGCUUAGCAAAGAAGCCCUGAAAAGAUUUGUGGAUGCCUUCAAAAAUAAUAAAUGUACCCAUAGCUCUUCCAUUGAAGACUUAGCAUUAGGGAAGUGUAUGGAGAGCAUUAAUGUUGAAGCUGGAGAUUCUCGAGAUACAAGUGGCAAGGAAACCUUCCAUCCAUUUGUGCCAGAACAUCAUUUAAUCAAAGGAUACCUUCCCAAAAACUUUUGGUAUUGGAAUUACAACUAUUACCCUGCUAUAGAGGGCCCUGCUUGUUGUUCUGAUCUAGCAGUUUCUUUUCACUAUGUAGAUGCUACUACUAUGUAUCAUUUGGAAUACUUGAUUUAUCAUCUCCGUCCUUACGGUUAUCAAUUCAGAUAUAAUCCUGAUGUCUCAGAAAAACAAAAUUUAAGUGAGGCUACAAAAGGUGGUAUAAAAAUCAAAGCUGAAGAAAAUAUUCCAAAAGCUUCUAAAUAAGGGGCCUUGCUCAGCUAAAAGUGGCAAAAUGAGUUUCUUAAGUAUAUUUCCAAAGUGUUCUUUUGUAUCCUUUUCUAAUACACUGGUACAUUUUUUCAUAUGCCAAGGGACUGCAUGCAGUACUUCUAUCAAAGCUUUGCUUUAACUGACACAUAGACUCAAUCUGCACUUGAAACCAAUGUUUCAAGUUUCAAGUUUGUUCCUUUUCACGCAUGGAUCUUCAACAUUGUCAUCCUUUUUAAUUAGGAUUUGAAUGUAUUUUUCCUUUUUUCUAACAAAAAAUUCACUGUCUUUGCUUUAUCAAAUCAGAAAAUGAUGAAGACAUUCAAGUUUCUAUAUGAAGAAAACACUUCAUUCUAUGAAAUCACCUGAAAAAACCUGCAGCAUCAAAAAUGACCACAAGAGGCCAAAUUAAAAUAAGAUUUUCUUAACAGCUUGAACACUUUUAUCAAUUUUUUUGUAUCCAGCUUGAAUGUUUCCAUAGAAUGAAGUCUUAGAACUGGUAGCCAAAUGAGAGGUGUAAAUAUCAUUAGUAGAUAUGUAUAAACAUAAUUCAGUUAUUAGAAUGAUUGUUGUCUGAGCAAAACAAAAUAUUACUUCUUGAUAUUAAAGGUAAAGGUAAAGGUUCCCCUCGCACAUACGUGCUAGUCGUUGCCGACUCUAGAGGCCGGUGCUCAUCUCCGUUUCAAAGCCGAAGAGCCAGCGCUGUCCGAAGACGUCUCUGUGAUCAUGUGGCCGGCAUGACUCAACGCCAAAGGCGCACGGAACGCUGUUACCUUCCCACCAAAGGUGGUCCCUAUUUUUUCUACUUGCAUUUUUACAUGCUUUCGAAACUGCUAGGUUGGCAGAAGCUUGGACUAGUAACAGGAGCUCACCCCAUUACACGGCAGCACUAGGGAUUCGAACCGCCAAACUGCCGACCUAUCAGUCAACAAGCUCAGCUGUCUUAGCCCCUGAGCCACCGUGUCCUUGAUAUUACUGUUUUUCAUUUCUUUUGUUUUGUUUCAUUCUUUUAACUUCCUGUGGAACAUGAAUUCCAGAGGAUAUAAGAACUAUUAAUUAGAAAUAGACUUCUCUACGUAUCAUUCUAUAUAACUGGAUUUCUUUAUAUUAGAAUAUUAAAUAAUGUUACUAAUUUAGUAUUUUUAGCAGUUUCUAGAUUGCAUUUAGAGUUACAUACUUUUUAACUAAGCUUCACUAAUAUUUUGGUAACAAAUUUGGACAACUACAUUAUUUUUCUUUCUUUGAUGUAUUUUUCAACACAACAGGCAAUUCUGUAAUAGGUAAACAAGUUGAGUUUCAAAUAUACCAUAAGAGAUUGCUCCUGGAUACAGUGGAUGUCCUUGGGAUCACUCAAAAAGUGUUUUGAACUUGAAGUAUUUCCCACGUCACUAUUUACUAUGAUCUGUGAUAGAAUUUCUUUUUGCAGUACAAAUAUGUAGA